UAAAUAUCGAAGAAUCCUACGCUUUGAGCGCCGUUUCUUGCUAGGGAUAACGCGACGUACUCUCUGAACUCUUCAAUCGAAAAUGCCUAAGCAGAUUCAUGAGAUCAAAGACUUCCUUCUCACCGCCAGGAGGAAGGAUGCUCGCUCGGUAAAGAUCAAGAAGAGCAAAGAUGUUGUCAAGUUCAAGGUCCGAUGCUCCAAGUACUUGUACACACUUUGUGUGUCGGAUGCCGAAAAGGCUGACAAGUUGAAGCAGUCCCUUCCUCCAGGUUUGAGUGUUCAAGACCUGUAAAAAUAUGACUGUCCCUGUUCGGCUGCUCAGUUUAUAGGCGACGAAAGCUAAAUUUUAAUAUUUGGUUUUAUUGUAUUUCAGGCCAUUUUGAAACGUUGAAGUUCAAAAUUUUCUGUAAUUGGAUUAAUGUGUUGUUUUUAUGGAGUUUUGUAGGAUGAUAUGAACUUAUCAAUUGUUA